AUGUUCUCCUGCGUUUGUAAUAUCGUUGUUCUGGUAUUUGUCCUUUGCUCCAUCGCAAAUGCUAGUGUAAUCGAGGGCUCUGAGGUUGUUCUCAGGAGCCUUCCCAAGAAUCAAUCUCCAAAAUUAGUUGCAGUGGCAGCGCGCCCAGGUCUCCAGAUAAGAGAUGAAUCAUUUACACCAAACCGUCAUUGUCUACAUCACUAUGCUGAAAAUACACCCAGUUUUGAUGGAGGACGAACAAGGUUUGCAAAGACAGCCACGAAGUACAAACUUCCAGCGCUAGUACUGGAAGACAUCGAGAUGGCCCUUGACAAUGUUCAAUGUUUCGCCUCUACAAUCACUGUGGAAUUUUCCAACAAACAGACUUUGGCUGCUGCCCGGGAAAGUUGGGAUCAUUUGGAACAGUUUUUAAUUAUUACUUCACAUCCCGGGUGCAACAUGGAUGGAGAACGAACUCCGUAUCUGGUUUCUGGAAUUAUUUAUGGCAAAGAGACAUCAAAGGUAGCUUUCUCUGUCAAGAGGCUUGAGUGGGGAGAUGCAUACGAUUCGAUGAAAGUGAGCUUUGGUACGACUGCAAGCCAGUAUCCACCGAGUUCAUUCCGCUCUCAUGAAGGUCUUCGACGGAGAGCAGCGACUUCGUCCAAGGAAUCAUCGCCAGCCAGCCCAACUGACGCCACCAACGCAAAUUCAUCCAUUCAUUCUGCCAACAUAGGUUUCCGGGUCCCAGCACAACAAAAUCUACUUGGGUCAGGGAUCCUAAGUAAUAGUGUUUCCGAUGUACUUGCUGUCAAGUGCAAAGAGUGUACGCUUAAUGGCAAUAUCGACAUUGCUGAGGGAGAAUUUACACUCGGAAAUUCAACUACGGAUGUUGGCAAAGCUGUCGAUUUUAUCAACAGUGGAUUUUUCCGAGCUGUUGCUAACAACAUGAGUGCGCAUGUGUUACUUGAUAUUUCCUUGACGCUUUCAAAACCCCAGACGUGGAGUAAAAUUCUUACGGAAAUUACCUUGCCCGGGUUUGAGAUACCUGGAAUUGCAGCUGUUGGUCCAAUGUUCAGGCCAGUUGUACAGGGAAGUAUUGCUAUGCAGGGAAAAUUGGACUUCCAAUAUGGGUUCGACAUGAAGGUCCCUGAUAACUCUUCUAUAACCCUGAAUAUUGGAAACCUAACACAGUCCUCGGCUUCAGGCUUCAAAGAUACCAAGAUCAAUGCGAUCCCAUUCACAGCCACCUCGCCAGAGGUGUCACUAAAAUUGGGUCUCGGCCUACGCGCAGAACUCCUCCUCGGAAUUGACAUCCUCAGCGGUAGAGGUGAUAUCAACGCAGGAGCAUUCUUCGACCUCCCUUCUCUCCAAGUUACAAUAUCAGCCACUUCAGGGGUCGACUCGAAUUGUGAACCGGCAAGCAAUAUAACCUCGGUCGCACAACUGGCAUCCAACAUCUUUCCCAACCUCACACAUAUCGUCGGCACCGCAGAAAUUGACACCGGGCUACAGGCCGCAGUUGCCAUGAAUAUCCCGAAUGUCAUAUCUAUAUCCACGGCCUCAUCUACCGCCCUCGCAGCUACCACAUUCACGCUCCCGACUGCAUGUCUGAGUUUUAAUGCUGCGGAGAAGGCAUUUGUUUCUCCAACGCCAACACCAACUACUACUGUGACAACCUCCCCAGGAGGUAAAGGGGGCUCUGCACCUGCGAAAGCAGCGGCGGACAGUGCGGGGAAUGCCAAGGCAGCUGUUCCUUUUACGAAUGGGGGGCCAGUCUGGUGGAGCGGCGCUAUGCUGCUUGCUGUGUUCUUUGUUGCACUUUCGUUGUGA